UGACGUCAUGACGUAAGCCUAGCAACAGCGCAGGCUCCCGGCCGAGUCCGUUAUGGCCGCAGCCGCCUUGGGGAGGAUGAGGGGGGCCUCGCAAGUGAACCAGCUUUCCGGGCCCGGCAUUCAGAUCCCCGGAGGGCUGGCGUGGAUACUGGUCCUCGUGCUCCUGCUGGCGUCCGCCAUGUCCACUGCUCCAUCACCAACAGAUUCACCGGGCCAAACUGUACAAAGCUCACAUAUUUCUACUUCAAAUAUGAAAGCUGUAACACAAGAAAACCUGAUCAAAUCUUCUAUUUCCCAUAUUAGUACCACUCUCCCUCCUGCAACCAGUACAGAGAAAAGUGGAAGAGCAUCUGCAGCCCCCCAUCCCUCCCCUACCACUUCUCUGUCCCAAGAGGAAGCUGAUAACAAUGAAGAUCCGAGCAUAGAGGAGGAGGAUCUUCUCGCACUGAAUAGUUCUCCAUCUACAGCCAAAGACACUAUGGACAAUGGAGAUUAUGGAGAAUCAGACUAUGACUGGACCACCAGCCCCAGGGAUGAGUCCGAUGAGACUUUAGAAGAAAACAGGGGUUACAUGGAAAUUGAACAGUCAGUGAAAUCUUUUAAGGCCCCAUCCUCAAAUGUUGAAGAGGAAGACAGCCAUUUCUUUUUUCAUCUUAUUAUUUUUGCUUUCUGUAUUGCAAUUGUUUAUGUUACAUAUCACAAUAAAAGGAAGAUUUUCCUCCUAGUUCAAAGCAGGAAAUGGCGUGAUGGCCUUUGUUCCAAAACAGUGGAAUAUCAUCGUCUAGACCAGAACGUUAAUGAGGCCAUGCCUUCUCUGAAGAUUACCAAUGAUUAUAUUUUUUAAAGCACUGUGAUUUGAGUUUGCUCAUUAUAUAAUUUUAUUUGCUUGACUUUUUAUAUGAUAUUGUGCAGUUGUUUGCCAUAGGCAGUUGGUACUUAAAUGAGAGGCGCAUUUCUCUCUUUUGCCUUGGUGCUUUGGAAAUUGAAUGUCACAAACAGGGAGUAUAUGAUUUUUAAAUCUACAUUUUUAGAGCUGAAUUCAAUCAGGUGUUGUCUGAAAUGUGAGUUAAGCAUUACCUUACAUUUACACUGGUAGUUUUUGUUAUUUUCCAUUCAUUGUACUUGUUCUGGAAGUAAUGCUACUUUUAAAGAUCCCAGACUUGUAACUAAAUUCUAACAUAGUUAGUACUAUUGACUUAGAGUCAUUCUCUGCCAUCCAGGUACUAUUUUUUAAAGACACAUUACUUUGCAGUCCCAAACCAAAAGGUGCAAGGGUAUAUGUAAUAGUACUUUGCAUUCAAGUAAUACACUUUUUUCUCUAAAAGAAAAUUGCUUUGUGUAUUUUAGGCAAUUAAAAUACAGUUUAAGAUAAUGAGACUGCUCAAUCCCACUAAAGUUUUAGGUAGCAUAUUAAAUGUGUCUAAAAAUUCUGGCAGAAGAGACUGAAUUUUCAGUGAUUGUAGAUAAAAUAUUAUAUAGAUAUCAUUUUUGGUUUGAAUUAUUGAAUUAAAUUGUAGGUAGAAAUUGGUAAAAUGUUAAAUAGACGAAGAAUUACUUUUAGUUAGCAGUUGAUUGUACCACAGGUUCCUCAAAAAUUUCAAGCAGUGGGCAGAGUUUAAAAUUAUAUCAUUUGUUCAUUUUGGUUUUUAUUGUAUAGUAAGUUUGAGUAAAUUUUAGGGCCCAUUAUCACUUAAAUAAGACUGUAUCUCAGUCUUUCAAAAUAAAAUUAUGCCUGAAUGAAAUUAUUUGUAAUUAUUUGAAAUUAUUUCUUGUUUAUUUUUUAUAGCAACUGGAAGUUAUUUACUGUAUUUCCUUUGAGUCUGUCUUUCUAUCACAAAGAAUUGAUCAGUAUGUAAAUAAGUGAUUUGAACCAUGUUUGACUUACAAGUGUCACUACAACUUUUCAGAAAGAAUCACCUCUACUAUGUGUUAAACAAGGCCCGGGCGAGCCACAGUCAUGUGCUUUGUGUAGAGAUGGAAGAAGCAGCACCGUCCAUCCUUCCUCUCGGCUGGACACUUGACUGCCCCAAUGAGGAAAGGAAGCACAAUGGAAAUACACCCAAACUGUUUUAUUGCAGUAAUUUUUUUCAUAUUUGAAAUUGUAUUAUUUAAUAUUUUGAAUAAGAUUUUAAAAAAUAAAUCCAAGAUAUAAUUCCAUGA